GCCGCCGUUGGUCGACGCGAAAUAAUCGUCGCGCAUGUGCGAAAUCACGCGAAAUUCGGCCUUUCAUUUCUUUGUGCUCGUGGUAAGUGAUUUUCGGUAAAUCCUACGAGUGACUGUGUGAAAUAGCACGCAGAGCCGAACCAGAUCUCAGUUAGUGUCGGUUGUGUUGAAUCAGCAGCAGAAUGGGUAAGGAGAAGAUUCAUAUUAACAUCGUCGUCAUCGGACACGUCGAUUCCGGCAAGUCCACCACGACUGGUCAUUUGAUCUACAAGUGCGGUGGUAUCGAUAAGCGUACCAUCGAGAAGUUCGAGAAGGAGGCCCAGGAAAUGGGCAAGGGCUCGUUCAAGUACGCCUGGGUCCUGGACAAGCUGAAGGCCGAACGCGAACGUGGUAUCACCAUCGAUAUCGCCCUGUGGAAGUUCGAAACGGCCAGGUACUACGUCACCAUCAUCGAUGCCCCUGGACAUCGUGAUUUCAUCAAGAACAUGAUCACCGGUACAUCGCAGGCUGAUUGUGCCGUGUUGAUCGUUGCUGCCGGUACCGGCGAGUUCGAAGCCGGUAUCUCCAAGAACGGCCAAACUCGUGAACACGCCCUGCUGGCCUUUACCCUCGGCGUCAAGCAGUUGAUCGUUGGUGUCAACAAGAUGGACUCGACCGAGCCUCCGUACCACGAGGCUCGCUUCGAGGAAAUCAAGAAGGAAGUCUCGUCCUACAUUAAGAAGAUCGGUUACAACCCAUCUUCAGUUGCGUUCGUUCCGAUCUCCGGCUGGCAUGGUGACAACAUGCUCGAACCAUCGGAAAAGAUGCCAUGGUUCAAGGGAUGGGCCAUCGAACGCAAGGAAGGCAAGGCUGAAGGCAAGUGUCUGAUCGAAGCCCUCGACAACAUCUUGCCCCCGUCUCGCCCCACCGACAAGGCCCUGCGUCUGCCCUUGCAGGAUGUCUACAAAAUCGGCGGUAUCGGUACGGUACCGGUCGGUCGUGUUGAAACCGGUGUCCUAAAGCCAGGCAUGGUGGUCGUGUUCGCCCCGGUCAACAUCACCACUGAAGUCAAGUCGGUCGAAAUGCACCACGAAGCGCUGCAGGAGGCCUUGCCCGGUGACAACGUUGGCUUCAACGUCAAGAACGUCUCGGUUAAGGAGUUGCGCCGCGGUUACGUCGCUGGCGAUUCCAAGGCCAGCCCACCGAAGGGUGCCGCCGAUUUCACCGCUCAGGUCAUUGUCCUGAACCACCCGGGUCAGAUUGCCAACGGUUACACCCCGGUGCUCGAUUGUCACACCGCCCACAUCGCGUGCAAGUUUUCCGAGAUCAAGGAGAAGUGCGACCGUCGUUCCGGCAAGGUCACCGAGGAAAAUCCCAAGUCCAUCAAGUCCGGCGAUGCCGCCAUCGUCAUCCUGGUGCCAAGCAAGCCGUUGUGUGUCGAGAGUUUCCAGGAGUUCCCACCGUUGGGACGUUUCGCCGUACGCGACAUGCGUCAGACCGUCGCCGUCGGUGUCAUCAAAUCCGUAAACUUCAAAGAAGCCUCCGGUGGUAAAGUAACCAAAGCCGCCGAGAAGGCCCAGAAGAAGAAAUAACUAGAGACACAGGAACACCCGAGUACAGUAGUAGCGGUAGCAAACGGCACUGCUAGCAGCACCAGCAGCAACAAGAACAGCAGCAACACUACUCUUACCACUACUGCUACAAAAGAUAAACCAAAAAACCAAUUCUCAACAUUAUUAUUAUUGAAUAAUGAUGCCCAAAUGUGGACUUUUAUUGACUGUGCAAUCCAGUCGGCGGUUGCCGUCAAUAGAAAUCAUCCAUUAUUAUUAAAUAAUAAUUUAAGAAGUAAUAUUAAUCGUAAACUACAACUUAAUAAUAAUCGUAAUAAUUUAAAGAAAAACACUGAGAAAAAAAUUCAGGCCGGCUGGUGCAUAGAGGAUUUUAUUGGUAACUUUGCUAACAAAACCACAGCAACAACAACAACAACAGGAACAGCAACACGCUCAUCAUCACCAUCAUCGUCAUCCCUAUUGUCUUGCUUCAAUCAGCUGACUACCGUUUCGUCCCAAUCAUCGGUCCUUUCCUCCUCCAACAACAACAACAACAACAUCAGCAUAACCAGCAGUAGCAGCAGCAGCAGCAGCAGUGAUCACUACCCAUCUCCAUCAUCAGCAUCAUCUGCAAAGAAGACUAAUUUAUUUUAUCACCAUAGAAAAGCAUUUCGAAGGAAAGAAGACAACAGCAUCAGCAGUCUGCAACAAAUUGUCGCCAACAUUACCAUUAUGAUCGCCAUCUCCGUUGAGUAUCUUCUUCUCGCCAUCACCAACAACGCUCUGCUCAUCACAUUCACUACUGCUAGCUUAGUUGGUUCUACUAAUUUUGAGACCGCUUGGUCAUGAUAAGAUCGUAAGACUAUAAAACGAAAGCAUAUACUUACCUAAGGUUUUGGAACGAUUUUAAUUUUUAAGUCACACCUGUGUUUAGGCAUUACAUUUUUGUAAUUUUAAAAAAAGACAUCAUCUGAUUUUUGUUCCAAGUGAUCAUCUGCUUAUGAAAAAGAGAAGUGAACAAAAUAAAGAGAGUGAUCUACACAAUAGAGAGAAGAUAAGAAAUUGGCUGAUUUGUUUUUUGCAAACUAUUUGUGAUAUCUACUGUUUUCUGUAAUAAGGACUAUGUUUUACCCGAAAAUCUGAUUUUCAAACCGAUGAAACUGAAGCAUAAAAGACACCUGUUCCCCUUGCAUUGCAAAAAGAUAAAAAGGAAAAACUACACCAUCAUCAUCAUCAACGUCAUCAUCAUCAUCAUCAUCAUGCUGCUAGAUGUGGCUUUGGAACUUGGCGUGAGCAUUCUCCUGUGGAACGCACAUUGUGAAAAGUUGUUGAAUGGAUUGCAUUUCACGCACAUUUAUGUCGAUCCCCCUGAUGUUUAGUGUAGUGUGCAAUACCGGAUCUCCGUCAUAGAGAAUGCCGGGUUUACCUUCAUCAUUCACAUACACAUUCACAAACACACAAAUCUACACAAGAAAUCCUUUCGUACGAGUCAGGAAUAAGCAAAGAAAACCAAAAAUGAUGAUAAUUUCAUGGGAAAAUUCUACUUAAACAUACACAUGGAUGUAGCAAUAUGCAAGCAUACCUACUAAAUGGAGAAAAGUACUACAAAUAAAAAAUGGGAAAAAUUGCCAAUAAAAAUCAAGACAAGGCUUGAACAAGUUA